UGUACGGCGGUGCUCUCCCUCCUCCUCCUCCUCCUGAGUAUUCCUGGCGGGCAGCGAUGGGCAAGCAGAAGAGACGCAACGCCUUCUUCUACUUUAUGAUGGCCAAGAAACCCGAGGUGGAGAAGCGGCUCAAGAGAAAGAUGGAGAUGGCCAAGCUGGUGACGGCGGAGUGGCAGGCACUCCCGGAGGAACAGUGGAAGAAGUACCAGCUGAUGACCGGAGAAAGCAGGGAGAGGCUGGACUGCCGAGGGGUGCCGCUGCGGUGCCUGGACGAGGCGGCCCAGGAGAAAAAGCACCAGGCCGAGGAGAUGAAGAGGGACAAUGCUGACUUGGUGGACAUGUCCCGGAUGUGCAAUGCGCUGCACCAGGCCAGCUUCAUCCUAGUCAGCACAAGCUAUUAUGCCCACACUGACCACGGCCACUAUGUCACCGCUGAGCUGAGUCUGCUGCGCUUCAGCCAAAGGAACGGAAUCAUGAAGUUGUUUCACUGUGUUGUUGCGCGCCUCGGACAAAGCCUGUUGGCUCUUGGGGGGGUGACGAUGGACGGGAAAGGUCGUGCAGGCCUGGACGACAAAACCAUGGGAGGAGGAGGAAGACUUUCCCUCGCUUGGCUCUGAGCAGGCCAGGAAAGCGUGAAGAUGUCAGGUCGCGACGCGUUGGUCCAUCGGCGCACCUUCCAGAACGCCAACCAGGUGGUGGAGUUGACCACACGCACCAUUCCCAAGGCUCAACACCACCACCACCACCACCAGCGAGGACAUCAACACCAUUCACCACCACCAUUGAAGCCAUAUCACACCACCACCACCACCAGGCCCCUGCGUUACUGCCGCUAAGAAGAGAUCAUUUCUAUCUACCUCAUCAAACAGGGGGCUUCGUGGUGCAGUGGUUAGCACACUCGGCUCACAACCGAGAGAGCCCGGGUUGGAUUCCCGGGCGGAGUGGAAAAAUUUGGGCGGCUUUUCUGACACCCUACGCCCCUGUCCUCCCAGCAGUGAAUGGGUACCAGACUGGCUACAGUGAAGGUCGUGGCAGCCAAGCAGAGAGUGUACUGAAACUCCUGCUGUGAGCUACUCCUGAGGGCCAAGACCUGCACCCUCACCACCCCUGUAAUGGAUGCCCAUCUGACCCAACCCUCCACGGUGUGUGUUGAUGCUGGGACCAAGAAGAAGAAGAAGAGGAGAAAAAGGAGGAAGAUGAUGAUAAAGGCAACAGGAAGAUCAGAAGAAGAAGAAGAGGAGGAGGAGGAGGAAGAAUGGAAGAACACACACACACAUGACAAACACCUUUUUAUAUAUUUUUCAUUUUUAUUAGUCCAUACAACAUACAUUAGCUAUAUACAUAUAAUACAACAUAUGCAUAACUAUAUACAUUAGACCAUAGAGUGAGUGAGAGACUCGAGAGGUGAGAUAGAGAGGCGCCCCCCCCCCCUCUCUCUCUCUCUCUCUCUCUCUCUCUCUCUCUCUCUCUCUCUCUCUCUCUCUCUCUCUCUCACCUCACCACAGCUCACAGGACCCCACAGAUGUACCCCCACAGUAUGUUGAUAACCCCCCCCAGACACAUACCCCCCCAGCCUCAUGAAAGACCCCCUCCUCCCUCCCUCCCCCCCUAGCCAACAUAGCCUUAUCAAUGUUACUAAGUGUAUGUAUGUAUGUGUGUUUUUCUAUUAAUAAAAAGUUAAUUUGUAAUGUUUAUGUGUUCUAUUCCUAUGAGAGAGGAAAAGGUAAAGAGGGAGAGACAGAGAACGUAAUGAGAAGAAUAAGAGAGAGAGGAGGUAAGGGAAGGAGAGAGAAGGAAAAUAAAUAAUGAAAGAAAGAACAGAAGAAAUUUACCGAUAAAAGAGAGAGAGAGAGAGAGAGAGAGAGAGAGAGAGAGAGAGAGAGAGGUAAGGCAAGGUGAGGUAAGGCAAGGUAAGGUAAGGUAAGAUAAGAAGAUACAAACAAAAUAAACUGUUAACUGUAUGUACCUAGCUAACCGUAUGAGACUGUGUUAUAUAUACUCUAUAACAAAGGGAAUAUUAUUUUAGCAGAGAGAAAGAAAGAGAGAAAGAAAGCUCGCUCUAAACUGUAUUUAGCAAACUGUAUAUGUCUACCCAGUGAGAGGAAGCUGAACUCUAUAACACAGGCAAUAUUAUCUUAACAGA